UUCAGGUCAAAUUCUGAGGGACCUGGCCAAGCCCGUGUCUCUCACUGCCCUUUUGAGGAAAGGACAGGCAAAGCCCAUUUACGGCGGCUGGCUGCUCCUGGCUCCAGAUGGGACGGACUUCGACAACCCAGUGCACCGGUCUCGGAAAUGGCAGCGCCGGUUCUUCAUCCUCUACGAGCACGGCCUCUUGCGCUACGCCCUGGACGAGAUGCCCACAACCCUCCCACAGGGCACCAUCAACAUGAACCAGUGCACGGACGUGGUGGAUGGGGAGGGCCGGACAGGCCAGAAGUUCUCCCUGUGCAUUCUGACCCCUGAGAAGGAGCACUUCAUCCGGGCUGAGACCAAGGAGAUCAUCAGUGGAUGGCUGGAGAUGCUCACAGUCUAUCCCAGGACCAACAAGCAGAACCAGAAGAAGAAGCGGAAGGUGGAGCCCCCCACACCACAGGAGCCAGGGCCGGCCAAGAUGGCUGUCACCAGCAGCAGCAGCAGCAUCCCCAGUGCUGAGAAAGUCCCCACCACCAAGUCCACACUCUGGCAGGAAGAAAUGAGGGCCAAGGACCAGCCAGAUGGGAGCAGCCCGAGUCCAGCUCAGAGUCCCAGCCAGGGCCAGCCUCCUGUGUCAAGCACCCUGAGGGAGCCAGGGCUUGAGGGCAGAGAUGGUCCUCAGCCCCCUGCCCGAACCGUCUGCAGCAGCUCCUUGAACUCCUUGGAUGUGGCCAGCCAUCCCCCUGCCCACGUGGACUCCGGCAGUGCUGGGGGGUGGGGAGCAGAGAGACUGGGGCGUGCCUAUGCCUUUAAAGCCAGCAGGCAGUAUGCCACCCUGGCCGACGUCCCUAAGGCCAUCAGGAUCAGCCACCGAGAAGCCUUCCAGGUGGAGAGAAGGCGGCUGGAGCGCAGGACUCGGGCCCGGAGCCCUGGCAGGGAAGAGGUGGCCCGUCUGUUUGGCAACGAGCGGAGGAGGUCCCAGGUAAUAGAGAAGUUUGAGGCCCUGGACACAGAGAAGGCAGAGCACAUGGAGACCAACAUGUCCGCCGGGCCCUCAGCCUCAAGUGACACUCGACAAGGCCGCAGCGAGAAGAGGGCGUUUCCUAGGAAGCGGGACCUCCCCAGCGAAGCUCCUCUCCCAGACGCCUCGGCCUCCCCCCUGUCUCCACACCGAAGAGCCAAGUCACUGGACAGGAGGUCCACGGAGUCCUCCCUGACGCCCGACCUGCUGAAUUUCAAAAAAGGCUGGCUGACCAAGCAGUAUGAGGAUGGCCAGUGGAAGAAGCACUGGUUUGUCCUUGCUGAUCAAAGCCUGAGGUUCUACAGGGACUCUGUGGCUGAGGAGGCAGCCGACUUGGAUGGGGAAAUCGACUUGUCUACGUGCUGUGAUGUCACAGAGUACCCAGUGCAGAGAAACUAUGGCUUCCAGAUCCAUACGAAGGAGGGCGCCUUCACCCUCUCUGCCAUGACAUCUGGAAUCCGGAGGAACUGGAUCCAGACCAUCAUGAAGCAUGUCCACCCGACCUCUGCCCCGGAUGUGACGAGCUCACUGCCACAGGUGAAGGCCCGGAGCGGCUCCCCCUCGGAGACAAGGCCACUGGAGAAGCAGGACGGGGAGCUUGGGGAGCCUGACCCUGAGCAGAAGAGGAGCCGGGCGCGUGAGCGCAGGCGUGAGGGCCGCUCCAAGACCUUCGACUGGGCCGAGUUCCGCCCUAUCCAGCAGGCCUUGGCCCAGGAGAGGGCUGGUGGCUCUCGGGCCGAGGCGGAACCCGGGGAGCUGGAGCGGGAGCGCGCACGACGGCGGGAGGAGCGGCGCAAGCGCUUUGGGACGCCGGAAGUGGAGGGGCCCAGUGCAGAGGAUGUGGCCCUGCGCAUGGAGGUCGACCGGGGCCUGGGGCCGCCCACAGCUGCUGAGCUCAGGACCCAGAAUGUGCAUGUGGAGAUCGAGCAGCGCUGGCAUCAGGUGGAAACCACCCCCCUCCGGGAGGAGAAGCAAGUGCCCAUCGCCCCCCUGCACCUGUCCUCUGAGGAUGGCAGCGACCGACUCUCCACACCCGAGCUGACCUCGCUGCUGGAGAAGGAGUUGGAGCAGAGCCAGAAGGAGGCCUCAGACCUUCUGGAACAGAACCGACUGCUGCAGGACCAGCUGAGGGUGGCUCUGGGCCGGGAGCAGAGCGCCCGGGAGGGCUAUGUGUUGCAGGCCACGUGCGAGCGGGGGUUUGCAGCCAUGGAAGAGACACACCAGAAGAAGAUUGAGGACUUGCAGAGGCAGCACCAGCGGGAGCUGGAGAAACUGCGGGAGGAAAAAGACCGCCUCCUGGCUGAGGAGACCGCGGCCACCAUCUCAGCCAUUGAAGCCAUGAAGAACGCCCACCGAGAGGAGAUGGAGCGGGAGCUAGAGAAGAGCCAGCGGUCCCAGAUCAGCAGCGUCAAUGCAGAUGUCGAGGCUCUGCGGCGACAGUACCUGGAGGAGCUGCAGUCUGUGCAACGUGAACUGGAGGUCCUCUCAGAGCAGUAUUCGCAGAAGUGCCUGGAGAAUGCCCACCUGGCCCAGGCUCUGGAGGCCGAGCGGCAGGCCCUGCGGCAGUGCCAGCGUGAGAACCAGGAGCUCAACGCCCACAACCAGGAGCUGAACAACCGCCUGGCUGCAGAAAUCUCACGGCUACGGACACUGCUGACUGGGGACGCCGGUGGCGAGGCCGCUGGUUCGCCCCUCACACAGGGCAAGGACGCCUACGAGUUAGAGGUCUUGUUGAGGGUCAAGGAAUCAGAAAUUCAGUACCUGAAACAGGAGAUCAGUUCCCUCAAGGAUGAGUUACAGACGGCAUUGCGGGACAAGAAGUACGCCAGUGACAAGUACAAAGAUAUCUACACAGAACUCAGCAUUGUGAGGGCAAAGGCCGACUGUGACGUCAGCAGAUUGAAGGAGCAGCUAAAAGCCGCCACAGAAGCGCUGGGUGAGAAGUCCCCAGAGAACCCGCCUGUGUCUGGAUAUGACAUCAUGAAGUCCAAGAGCAAUCCCGAUUUCCUGAAGACAGACAGGUCCUGUGUCGGCCGGCAGCUCAGAGGCCUCAGGUCCAAGAGUCUGAAGGAAGGCCUGACGGUGCAAGAUCGCCUGAAGCUCUUUGAGUCCCGGGACCUGGAGCGCGACUAGUUGCUCCCGUGCAGCUUGGACACACUUCCCGGCCACAGCCCCCGUGCCACUCCUGUCCAUCCCUUCAUUUUUUAUUGUCCUCGUUCUUGGUGGUGUUGUCUGCAUUGACUGUGGUCGGAUGCAUGAGAGACUGGCCUGUGGGUGGCUCGCUCCACUCCCUGGGGUCUUCAUCCAAGCUUUCCCUGGUUUCUGCAGCCUGCCCCGCCUUGCUCUGGCUCCCUGUCAGUAUUACGGCCCAGCAGCCUGGGAUAAGCUAGCUCUGUCUCACCCCGCGCGCAGGCGGGGCAGGAGGGGCCACGAGGCUGUGCUGUGGGUCCCAUGCUGACAGCUCGCAGCCCAGGGAGGACCUGGAAGUCCAGGGUGGGGCUGAGCCUGCACCUGCCCCGUGGGCUUGGGGCGAGGGCAGCAGCUCUUACACAUCCACUGACAGCGCUUAGAGCCGCACCCCAAACCGUCGUGGUAAACCCUUCACAGCCUGGGAAAUGCUGAAAGCAGCCACUCCUAUUUUUGUCUGUUUUUUUAUUAAAUCUUGCACAAAACCCGGCCCCUCUCAUUCCUUCCUAUGCUUAUUCUUUCUUGGUCACCAGGAACCCUACUCUUUUCACAUGAGGCGGAUGCUGCCCUGCAGCCUGGGUUCCAGACUGGGAUCACAGUGACAGCACCUUUACUCAGAGUCACUGGAGGAGAAUGGUCACUCACUCCUAACCUUCCUAGAAAGAAGCCCCCACUUGCUUUGGGAAGGUUGAUUGGAGACCCUGUUAUGUCAAGAAGGCAGAGAGGAUGUUGGAGCUAGAUGGAAACCGGCCAUUGUGACAUGUGUUCACUUGUGCUCAGUUCACCUGAGCCGAGCCCAGGGCACUGGGGCGCCCACACGGGGCCUGCACCCGUGCGUCUGUCUUCUCGGUGGCCUGAGUAACACGUUUCUGACCACCACCAGGCACCCUCCAGCACUCUGUAAAAACUAAUCCUGUGAGGAUGGGAGCAGGGACAUGGCCCCAGGGGGAGCCCGUGCAGCAUCUGCUCAGUGCUUGGGUGAGGGCCACAGCCUUGGGCUACACAGGUACUUUCAGGGUGCAAACGUACACAUCGUUGUGCAGUUUGUAGAUGAAAUGAUCACAUGAGGCCAUGUGGGGUGUCCCUGGAGGCAGGGCAGAGGCCCAGGGGUGCAAAGCAUGUGGCCCUGCCCGUCGUCUUGCUGGGACAGCUCAGAGCACCCGGCUGCAGGGCCUUCCCUGUUCCCGACCCUAUGCUGGCCACUGCAUUGCUACUGUUGGUCCAUGUUUGCAAAAGCUCCUUAACCCUGCUCAUCAGACAUCCCCUACACCAGUGCGUCUCAGAGCCGCCUGUGUGGGUGAUGGGGGCUCCGAGGGUCUGACGAUGGCGGAGGGGGUGCUCUCUGGGUGCUAAGACUGUGCCACCACUGCCUCCUUCCAGGGUGCAGGGUCUGCACGGAGCUGCUCCAUCUGCCUGUGGGCCGCACGCUGCCUCUCAUCAGGGCAACGAGCUUCUACCUCCGUGUCUCCAUCAGGGACCCUGGGGUCUGACCUAGCACUCCACAGGGACCCCGUCAGUGCCGCCCCCGCACCCACAGGCAGCAGGACUCGUCUCUCUGGAGGCAGUCAGGAGCCACACUGCAGAAGCUCGGGCCACAGGGUCUCCCCAAACUCCCACCCUCUGCCCCGGGCAGUGUUGGCCAUGGAGGUGAGGGCUGUGUAUGGCUGGAGGGAGCAGGCUGGACACAGGGGUCCCUGCUCUGCAGUGUCCUUGGCACGCUCCCUACAGGCACCCCAGCUCCUUGACGGGGAUCAGUCACCCCAGCUCCUAGGGGUCCGCCAUGACUGCAGAGGAGGAAAGAGCACAAGUGCAGAGGGAGCCUUGGAGGUGGUUUCUGUGCCGGCAGAGAACGGGCACCCUGGGGGGCUGUGGACAGGGAGGCACGGGUGACCCCAAGCCUAGGGAGCUCCGGCCCCCACCCCACGGGGAAAGCGCCCCCAUGUCCCCAAGGAUGGGAGGAGACCACUCCGUUGACUCUUCCUAUAAAUGUUCACUCCUUCCCUGGGGACCUGCAGGCACCUGCAUCUGAGCCACACCACCCGCCAAGGGGACAGCUGGACGGUGUGGCGUCACGUGACCGUGCUGUGCGCCUGUGUACCUUCAGCACGAGUGCCAGGCUCGUGCCCCCUCCGGUCGUGCACUCCGCCAGCCCCGGGCAGGGCUGAAAGCCAGCGUUCUGGGUGACCGUGCUAGCUGCAGUGUGACCCUCAGGCUUGUGCCAUUGGGCGUCAGAACCAGUGUGGCUUUGUGGGGGGUUAGCGAUGGCCAUGCUGCGAGACCGAGCAGGGGCUCAGCAGGUGGGAGGAAAAGAACGCGGGAAGACCCAGCCCUGGGCCACAGCCCUGGAGCCUGUCACUCACAGCAUCCAGACCUACGAAGAGCGGGAGCAGCGGUUUGUACAAAAGCGCACUUGUGACUCUCAGGGUCUGCCUGAGCAAGCCGAGGCCAACAUCCACAGGGCCACUGUCCUACAAAGGGACCGCCACCUCGCUGCGCCCACCCAGCGGCCCCGAGCACAGGGCGCCUGGGACACUCCCCGCUGCAGCGGGCCUGCCAUCCUCUCGGGGCACGGGGUUGCCCUUCUGUCUUCACACGUACACACUGUUGCCAGGCUCUACCCUCCACAGCCUGAAGGGAGGUCUCUGAAACCACAUGUUUCGGUACUCUGAUAGAAGAUGGGAUGGAAACCCAGGAGGGGUGUGAACUCCGUCAGUCCCUCGAGAACAGCAGGUUUCUCUGUAAAGAGAAGGCCUCCCCUUCCCUGAGCAGAUGGUGGCCCCAACACACAGGCACCCGCCCCUCCAGGAGCAGGUGGCUCCCUGCUCCUCUGCGUGGAGAACAAUUGGGACGUCAUGCAGAGCAAGCAGUGUCAACAGUGCUCAGAAUCACUGCAAUGGAUUUCUGUGACAAAGUCUGUGUGGGUGGAUUUUUCUUUCUCCUUAUAUAUGCACCGCUUUUUAAGACAAGAAGAAACAGCUUGGGUACGACACAGUUCCAACCAACAUGAGGAGACAUUUUUAGUGACUGACCUAUUUUUUAUAAAGCCUGAGUCAUUUAAUAGGUGGUUCUUUCUCCCUGAAAGAUCUUGGUAAUACCUGUUCCUCGUUCUUGAGAAAGUCACUCAGUCUUGAGGGAAAACCAGGAGGAUGACGCAGGAGCACUCCUCUUUGCCCAGGCUGCGUGCACGGUAGCCCAGGCCGUGCCGGCAGCCUACAUCAGGGUCUGUGUCAGGGCACUGCGGCCACGUGGAGACCACGGGCUCUGGGCUUGGUGUGGCUGCUUCACACUGACGUCCCUUCACCACGUGGACCUGCAGGCUGAGCCUCCUGCCAUGCUGCCUGUCCAUCAGAUGUCCCUGCCAUCCACCCUCACCUCUCCACAGCUAGCUGGGACACACAUCUGCGUUUUAUUUCAUAGGAAGCUGGGAACAGAGUACAAAGAACACAAAACUCAUUCUUGUGUUAUGUUUGUAUCACAGCCAAUUGAUUUUAGGAUUUAACCUUAGUAAUGGCAACAUAUCUACUGACUGUUAGGAUUCAAAACCAGUUAAGUGAUAAGAGUUUUCCUAAGUAGUAUUUAUAAAAUGUAAGGUUCUAAGUGGCUCCUUAACAAUUAGAAUCCUCAGAGAUACACUUCUAUCAGGGUGACUGUCUCAAUCCAGACUCGAGACAACACAUGCUGUGCCUGACUGCUGGGCCCAGGCAGUCCCUAGACAGAAUGGGGACACAGAGACAGCGGCCGCUGCUGCAACACAUCUAUGGGUGGGCCCUGGCGGCAACCAUGCCUACCCCCACCGGCUGUUCAUUCACGGGGCACGUGCUCAGAGAACAAGCCUGCAUUGCUCUGUGCUGAUGCUAAAAGACAGUGCUCACCAGACUGGGCUGCCCUCAGACCCCGAGAGCCCACCCUUGGGUGCCCAACCCUCAUGAGGGCAGCAGGGGCCCCAGGAAGAGAAGAGCCUGGUCAGCUUGCUGCUGACAAUUCAAAACUUUUACUGCUUAGUUUAGUUAGAGGCUCUUUUUUAAAAACAAAAUUCCUGCUCAAGUGUUCGCUACAACUGAAGUGUUACUUUGUCAAAAUAUUUAUUCCUUUGUGUGACAUGCUAGAUUCCCAUGGAUGUAGCUGAUCAUUUCUACUGUAAAUAUUACCUAACUUUACAUAAACAAUGUCCUAAUAAACUAUUUUUGCAUCACCCUU